AUGGAAGAUUAUGAGAUAACUGUGCCUUUUCAAUCCCUUCAAGCUCUAGGAUGCCAUGUUGAUGGAGUUUGCCCCAAGAAAAAAGUUGGUGAUAUCUGCACAACUGCUGUCCAUGAUUUUGAAGGUGAUCAAACCUACAGUGAGAAGCAAGGCCACAAUUUCACUUUAACAACUGAUUUUGAUACUAUUGAUGUCUCAAGUUACAAUGCUCUUGUAAUCCCUGGAGGUCGAGCUCCAAAAUAUAAUGAGAAAGUUAUUGAAAUAGUGAAGCAAAUCAUGGAAGCUGGGAAACCAGUUGCAUCCAUCUGCCAUGCCAUGGGCAGCAGAUUUUAG